AUGAUCUUGACCACCACAUUCGUGUGCUUCUGCCUGGCCUCGGCCUUUAACUAUUUCAGGACCAGAAGGCAGCGGUCGCUGAUCAAGAAUCUCAAAGGACCCUUCACUUGGCCACUGCUGGGGGCGAUACACAAGCUGCUUUUCCUGAAGCCAAAAAAUUUCUUUAAGCAAAGUGCCGAAUAUCUUUCACAAUAUGGGACCUUGAGUCGUUGUUGGGUCUUUCAUCGGCUUUUUAUCCCACUUGCGGACUUGGAGCUCAGCAGGCAGCUUCUGGAAAGCGAAACGCACCUAGAGACGGGCUAUGAGCUUAUGAAGGACUGGUUGGGUGGAGGUGUUCUCAUGAGUCAGCCGGAUCAGUGGAACAAACGACAUACUCUAAUAAGUGGACUCUUUGGCAAGGGAAACUUGGAACAACUGAUGGAAUUAUGUCGCCAGCAGGCGGAGCAACUGCAGCAAAAGUUGGUGGAACAUACCGACCAAAAGGUAUUUGAUGUCUGGGAAAUGGUCAAUCCCCAUGUCUUGGAACUGAUGGUGAUGAUUACCUGUGGUGCAAGACCCAGUGCGGAAUACUCAAAGAACCUAAGAGACUUAUCAGAGCUCUAUAGAAAACGUUUUCUAAGCCUUCAGUCUGCCAAUAGAUUCAACUAUUGGCUCAGUUCGCCUUUUAUGAGAAGACGUCAGAAUCGUUUAAUUAAAAGACUGAACGAGGAACACAAGGAUUUGAUGGUUAAAUACCAAAAACAAAAGGACUUAAAAAUUGGCGAUGGCUUGGCCAUGGAUAACUUAAGGCCACUACCUCAGAAAUAUCACGAAAGCCUGUUAGAGAUUCUCCUGGAAAGUAAUGAUCCCAAACUUGUUACAGAAGAAGUUUGUGGAGAGCUGAAUACCUGUAACUAUUUGGGCUAUCUGCUCUGCAGUUCAGCACUCUCCUUCAGCCUUGUCACGAUUGCUAGGAAUCCAUCGGCACAACAAAGGUGCUUCGAGGAAUUAGAACUUGCUCAAAACAAGGACCAAGGGUGGGACUUGGAAAAGCUCUCUUUUCUUGAAUCAGUUCUGCAGGAAACUAUGCGACUCUAUCCACCACAAGUGAUUGUUGGCCGGCAUCUUAAACAGGAUUUUCCCUACACGCACAGUAUCGUAGGAGAUGGAGCUUUACCCUUUGGCUCUGAGAUCUAUAUCAAUCUCUAUGAACUACAGCGUAAUGAGAAACGUUAUCCCAAAGCUAACCACUUCGAAGCGGAACGAUUUCUGAACUCUUCUCCGGAACUCCUGAGUUUCAGUCUUGGUCCUCGGUGCUGUCCAGCCAGGAAGUUUAGUAUACAGCUACUAAAAACUCUGCUAGCUCCCAUUUUAACCAACUUUGAACUAUUACCUUACGGAGAUGAGAUGCGUUUGGAUUUGAGAUUAAUUUUGGGAUCAUCAAAUGGCUUUCAGUUGGCUUUAAAGCCACGCUAA